AUGGAAGUCGACCCAGCACGCGCAAGAUCAUGCUAUCCGGCAGUACGCGAGCACGUCGCAGAGAUCCUGCUUGCGGAACUUGUCGGAAGAAAUGCCGGAAAUGUGAUCGAACUCGGCCUGUUUGCAACAGAUGCAGAUACCUCGUCUAUUGAGAAUGUUGUGUCGCCCACACCGGCGACAGUAGAACCCUUCCAUCAGCCGGGAACUCCGGCUACGGUGGUACACAAUGUCGAGGAAGAAGAGGUGGCUGCCGCGGAACCGCAAUCGGAAAGUCUUGGGAUACCAGCAGGUUUCUCGCCGGCUACUUCCUCACCCCAGAGUAGUAUUUCGUCUUACGUGGACGGUGUGCUCAUAGAGGAACAGAAUCAAAGGUUACUGGUCCAUUUUGAUCAGGAGUUGAGUUCACUUCUGUCCGUUGUGGUAGAAGAUUCCAACAAUCCCUUCCGCACCCACAUAUUGCCUCUGGCGUACCAAAAUAAGACAGUCCUCCACGCACUGCUCGGCUUCACAUCCUGUCAUUUACAGACAUCACGUCACGGUGAAGGAUCUCUAGCAAGCGCUACUGCGAUACAGUAUAGAAUAUCUGCUCUGGGUGGGCUUGGGUCAUUACUCCAGAAAGAGGAAAGGGAAGGGCUGUCCUCAUCCGAAGAAGACUUCGCUUUUGCCACCGUAGUGCUUUUAGUUUUCCAUGACGUGGGUGCCCUUCUCUUUGAGAUUGAACAAGUAAACUGA